GACACAAGACACAUCUUGACAUACAUAUGAUUUGUGACAUUUGAUUUGUUAUGUUUUAAUUCUAUUAUAAAAUUCAUUUUUUGUAUGCUAAGUUUAAAUUAUUGGGCUAAGAAAAACAUAAAAACAACGAGAAAAAGUAAAGGUGUUGUUUUCGUGUUCCAUGUGAUACUCUUUGAAUGAUAAGAAACCCCGGAAACCCUAAAAAUGGGUUCCAGAGAUAAGGACAGCAAGGGUAUCCAAGUUAUAUUUAAGGAUUUCUUUAAAAAAAAGGGACAAAUAGGAAGUCAUAGUGGCAGGAGUGAUUUUUCUUUGUCACAAGAACUGAUUAGAGAUAUUAGUAAGGAAUCUCCUUUACAAAUUCGAUUGAAGACUUUAAAGGAAUUGUGUGUAACUGUUGAGCGUGAAAAAUUAGCUAAUAAUGUUGUUGAGAAACUCUAUAGCUGUACGGAAGAUCUCUUUGACAAGAGUAAUCCAACAGAAGUGCGUCAUAUGAUUUUUGCUUUUACACAGUCUUUAAUAAAAGGACAAAUUGAAAGACUAGAAAUAAUGAGAAGUCAGUAUUUCAGAUUAAUCAAGCAUCAUGAUCAACCAGAAGAUAUUGGUCAAAGAUUAGAUUUAUUAAUGACUCUUACUGAAAAUGGUCGAAAAGUAAAGUUUUUUGAACAAGAAAUAGGCACUUUCUUAUUAAAUUGGCUUCCAGAAAUUUCUCAAGCUGGUCGUAUAGAAGACUAUUUAAAUAUGAUUGAUAAUAUAAUUCAUUUUAAUGCAGCAUAUUUAGAUGAGGAUAUUAUUAAUGGAAUUAUACAACAUAUAUGCCGAUUAUGUGGACCCACAAAUCAAUCUACAACAAUAAACCUAUGUUUAAAUAUAAUGUCCAGUAUUGUGGCUUAUAGCAAUAUGUCUCCUGAUGCUUUACCAAUAUUUAUUGGUGCAUUAUGUCAGACUGUGGUAUCUGAAAAGUAUCAUCAUGAAAGUUGGAGGAUAAUGAAAAACCUGUUACGUACUCACAUGGGUCAUUCAACAGUAUAUACAAUGUGUUGUAUAUUACAAGAACCAUCUUUAAAAUUUCAAAUAGAUCUCCUCAGAGGUGCUGUAUUUUUUACGAGAAUGGGGUUAUGGAGUAUUGAGCCACUUCCUUAUGUAAAAUGCCCACCUGCUUCAAUUUUGCCAUCGUUUUUGCACGCGGUAAAAUGUAAUCACCCUGCUGUAGCUUACGAGGUAACUUUAGGCGUUCAGCAACUUGUUAAUCGUUAUGGCUUAGAUUUACUGGAUUCUUCUUGGUCAGUGAUUCUACAGAUUAUAUCUCAUGUAUAUUUUAUUACAAAUGCUGAACCAAAUCCACAUAAACUUGACAUUAAACCAAGGAUUAUGGAGAUUAUGAGUGUAAUGGAAAAUUACAUUGAAAAGUUACAGUACAAUGGAAAUUUAAAAAGUUAUUAUAAGUUAGUGGAGGAAUGUGCGUCUGAUAGACCUGAUGAUUCUGUUUUAAGACUGAUAAAUUACCUUGCAAGAAGUAUAAUGCCAACGCAACAUUUAUGGAUGACCAAUUUAUAUAAUUUGCUACACAAAUACUUUAAAAAGGAUGUUAGAACUGAAAUUAGGCUAAAAGUAUUGAAUGUAUUAACUGAUGUUUUUAAACUGUAUAGGGAUCAGUAUGAAGAUGAACUAAUUGAACGUAUUAUUAUACCGCACAUGACGCCGGUAGUUACUGAUAGUAAUGUUAUUGUACGUACUGCGGUGAUAAAAAUGUUAACAGACAUGUGUAGACUAUGUGAAACUAAGCGCUGCUUAGAACUUUUAGAUAUUUUAGAGAAGUUCUUAAUUAGACCAUUUGAUCAUCAUCAACCCGAUUUAGAUUAUCAAGAUAUUCAAGCUCUAAUGACAGGUUUGACAGGAAUAUUUGUCCAAAAAAUACACAAGCAGCCAUCGUCUCACGCUAUUAGAAUAUAUGAUAUGCUUGUAAUAUUCUUAGAGAAGCAUUAUGAAUAUCCUCUGGUGUUUCAAAACAACUCAAAAAUAAGAUAUAUUGUUUUUGAUUGCUUUUUGAAAAUGAGAGCGGAUUCAUUAUAUCACCUUGGCUAUCCUGAAGGAAAUCGUCUUAAAUUUAGUCAAUAUUUGUGUGUUGUGUAUCAUAAUUCAAUGAUUAAUUCGGCACCGCCGCAAUCACCAGCAAUUAAUGCUCAACCAAACUGUUCAGUUUCAUAUGUAUCACUUCGAAAGGCUUUUAAAAUCAUUAUUAGUUGUCUUAAAAAUGAAAAAGACUGGGACGUUUUGAAUUUAGUUUUAACGGGUAUUACAAAAGGACUUCAAAAUAAGUCACUCAUUCUUGGAAAAGGCAACAAUGAAUUAGAUUUAUUGGUUAAUGUUUUAUGUUUGAUGGUGUCUGAUCGAAGCAUGAACCUUCCUGAAUCAUUAAAUGUGAAAAUGAGCAAACCUGAUUUUCACUCUAUUGUAUCUCUGGUUUUGGUAAAUUUAGCAUCUUAUCACUCAUACCUCGACAACAAUAGUCAACAGAAAAUGAUUAGGACAAUAAUGAAGUGUAUUCAAAGCGCCCCGAAAAGUUCUAAACCCUGUAUAUCUGCUUUAACAAUUUGCACGUUAGAAAUGAAAGAUGUUAUGGUAAAAAUUUUACCUGAAGUUUUGCUUAGCUUGUCGAAAAUGUCGCCUACAAAUCACAUUGCCGUGCCAGUGUUGGAGUUUUUAUCGACGAUGACACAGCUUCCUAUGAUAUAUUCGAAUUUCGUGGCAGAUCAGUAUAUGUCGGUUUUUGCAGUAGCCUUAUCAUAUACCAAUCCUUUUAAAUACAAUCAUUACAUUGUAUCUUUGGCGCAUCAUGUUAUAGCAGUCUGGUUUUUAAAAUGCAGACUGACAUUCCGGAGAGAUUUCGUUAGUUUUAUUAUCCAAGGACUAAAAGCAAACCUCCAGCCUUUUGAGGAAACCUUCUUUUUAAGACAAGACUUGCCAAGCCUCAAUCAGGACAGUUCUGAUAGGAAGCGUAGUUCCAGUUUAACAGAGCAAGGUUCAAGACGUCGAGACGAGAGAAUCAUGGCUGUUAGAAUGGAUAAAGGUGCUAUUAAAAAAAACCAUCCACCCAACAAAUCGCUUGUCACUUUCUAUGAAGAGCUGAAUGAAACUUGUAUUGAUCUGAUGGCAAGAUAUGCGUAUUCACCUUGUAGUGCUAAACCAAAGAGGCUUCCUGGAGCCGAAUUUCUUCUAAGCGGAGGACAGUCAGUAACGUGGUUGGUGGGGAAUAAACUGGUUACAGUUACUACAAGUGGAUGUUCGCAAAAAACGUUAAAACAAGGUCUUUGUGAUAAAUGCUGGAGUAUGUGUAAUACACGAAAUGAAAGCCGGUUACUGCCAACAGGAAGUGGCAGUACUGAACCAAGUCGACAGAAUUCUAACGAGAAAUCUAAUAAUUCAGUAAAUUCGCCUCAGGAAGAGGGCGGCAGAUUUGGUGAAGAAAUAGUGACUACAAAACUGCAAGAAAUGUUCCAGACUGAAGAAACCAAAGAAGAAAAAUACACCUGUGCUUGUUGGUGUCAGAGUUGGGCUGAAAUUUACAUUAGGAGACCAACAGGCGAUAUGUCUUGGGUCAUGAGAAUUCAAAACGAUUUGACAUUUUCACAUGCUACUUAUGAUUUUCCUUUAAACGAAACCUCUAAAUUAUAUAUGCCAUCACAAUAUGUAGAACCUCAGAGACCUCUGUUAGUUAGGCAAGAUACGUUUGAUGAUAAUCAUAGUACCCAUGAAGAUGAUAAAGCUAGUGGUCAAGCAUCGCCCAGACAAAUACCUUCUAGACAAAAUUCUCAAGACAGUAUUGAAGAAGAAAACGAAGAAAUAAUAUAUGAGGACGGUACAAGAUCAAGAAAUCCAGUUAAAAGGUCCAAUUCAAGUCCAGAAAUGUCAGCAGGUUGGAAAAAUCCAUUCUAUAAAAUGGGAUCAUCAUCGGGUUCUUCAGAGAGUGAUAGUACUGAUGAUAAGAAAGGCAAGAUGUAUUCAAAGGAUAUGAGAGUUAGUUGUGAAGCAAUACCCGAGGAAAUAGCUGGCACAACUCCACCCCAGUCUGAUAUCAUUUAUCAGCCGUCAGCAUCAGCGGCGUCUAGCCAUCCAUCUUUACUAAGCUAUCAUAGCUAUCCUGGAUCUUCCUUGCCGAGCGAAUCGAAUAUCGCAUCUAAACUUUAUCAAACCGUCCCACCGUCUCCUGCAGUAUCUGCGAACGCCCAUCCUCAACUGGAAUUUCCAAAAAGACCAAUGGCAUUGCCCAACGUGAGUGGACUACAACCUUUGGCCUGCAAACCACCGCAGAGUCCUACACAAACCAGCCCUAGAAUGUCAAGACACAUUACUCUUGGUAGAAUUUCAGGCAGUCAGGAACUUCAGAAGAGUUCUUCGUCCACAAUUCUGGACAGGAAUAUCCAUUUGAAUCAAGCUAGAGAAAAAGCUCGAGAACGUAAAAACAGUGGAAGUGCAGAGAAAUUAACUUCUUUGGAUCCUAACCAAUCUCAAGGAUGGGGCAGGGACAGAUCUACAACUAUUUCUGUAAUGAGUCCAGCCAACAGAAGACCAAGGGGCGAGCCGCCUGUGAGACAUCCAACUAAGUCAAGAGACAUACCUAGAAGCGGCGUUAAUCCAAGCUUUGUAUUUUUGCAAUUAUAUCACGCAUCGUACUUUAACGAGAACAAUAAGGUACAGAGACCUUUACUUAUAGGUACUAGUGAUGUAAUAACUAGGUCAGUUAAAAUUUUAGAUAAAAUUCCACCCUAUGAAACUCAUAACAUUGGUGUAUUGUAUAUAGGCGAGGGUCAAGUUAACAACGAAAUAGAAAUACUGAAGAACAGCUUUGGAUCUUUGAGAUAUGUAGAGUUUUUGCAGAAUUUGGGCACUAUGGUUAAGAUUUCGGAUGUAGAUCCUGACAUGUUUUACUUAGGUGGAUUGGAUCAUAAUGGCGCAGACGGAAAAUUUGUUUAUAUAUGGCAGGACGAUGUAGUUCGUGUUACCUUUCAUAUAGCGACUAUGAUGCCAAAUAAAGAAUCUGAUCCCAAUUGUAACAACAAGAAAAUGCACAUUGGUAAUGAUUUUGUCAAUAUUGUGUACAACGAAAGUGGCGAAGAAUUUGAUAUGAACGUGAUUAGGAGCCAAUUUAAUUUUGCUUGCAUAAUUAUUCAACCAUUAGAUCACAAUAUUAACAGAGUCGUUGUUAAAAUUAAAGACGAAUUGCAAGAUUUGGCCGUUGUUGGGAGUGAUGUCAAGGUGGUUUCAGAUCAAAACGUUGCUAUUUUAGUUAGACAAAUUGCUCUACACGCAAACUUAGCAUCAUUGGUGGCGAAAUCUCUGAAGCAUAGCCCAAAUGACCCAUAUGCAUCAAAUUGGCUUGAAAGACUGCGUAAAAUCAAAAAUGUAAGGUCAAAAGUUUUGGAUGAACUAAAAGCAGAGGAACAGAAUAGUUAUCCAUCAGAAGAAAGUAAAAGCAGAAAGCAGAUGGAAGACUUUACUAAUUACUCUUAGAUUUAUAGUGUGUAGGCUAAAACAUUUAAAUUUACUUUGUAUACCUACUCUAGACUACUAAAUACGUUUUAAGACUUGACUUGAAUAGAAAUAAAAGUAUUAUUCAGACCAGUAAACGAA